UCCUCAACAGAUGUUUAAGAGGAAGGACCAAAGAUGUGAAGGCCCAGAUUCAUCAGAGUAUCAAUGCUCUUCCUCUCUCUCCUCGCCUCUCACUGCAGACAUGAAACACUGGCUGACUAACAUCCUGAUUCUGACUCUCUGGCUAGAGUGUAAAGGAGAAGACAGAGUGACCCAGCCAACAGAAGAUAUCAUUAUUACUGAAGGAGAGACAGUUAUUCUUGACUGUACAUUUGAGACCAGUAACACAUUUCCCACUUUGUUCUGGUACAAACAAGAAGUCAAUGAUUUCCCAAAGUACAUGCUGAAGCGUUACUCAAACACAAAAGAUAAUGCUCCAGAGUUCCAGGAAGAAAGAUUUGAUGCUACAAUCAACCAGACAUCAGUUCCACUGAAGAUCCAGAAGCUUCAGCUGUCUGACUCUGCUGUGUACUACUGUGCUCUGCAGCCCACGGACUGUGUGGAGAGGGUGGCAGACUUCCGCUUCCUGCGAGUCCACAUCAAGGAGAGCCUAUCCUGGAGCGUGAACACCUCUGAGAUGCUGAAAAAGGCCCAACAGAGACUGUACUUCCUGAGAAUACUCAAGAGGAAUAAAAUCACGCAAAGACUGCUGGUGUCCUUUGACCCUGCCUCCAUUGAGCGCAUACUAACAUACUGCAUGUGCGUAUGGUACACCGGCUGCACAGCAGCAUAG